AUGAGGCUCGCGAGGGUCCCGGGAGACCUCUGGCCGCUCGCCGGCGGACAGCGCGGCGGCUGCCGGGUGGAGCACGGCGCGUAUGGUUCGGUGGACGCAAUUUUGGGCGUGAGCGAGGCCGAGUGCCAAGCCCUGUGCCGCGAUAGUCGAGAUUGCCUCGCAACCGACUACCACUUCACUGGCGGGCCCGAAAACAUCUGCGAUCUCCACAAGGAGCCGGUGCUGCACGUCCUCCCCAUGGGCGAGCACGCGUGCCGUAUCAAGCCCAGAGCCCUGGUCAAAGUCUUCCUCGGGGAGGCAAAGGCCUUAAACUCGGAGCUCGACGAGGCAGUGCGGACGGGGUACGAGACCGUGGCGCCCGUCGUCAAGGAGCUGGAGAAGGAGCUGGGCGCGCUAAUCGCUAAUCCCCAGAGGGUCGCCGAACACGGGAGCGCGGUGCGCGAGUGGAGCCUGCGCCCCCUCGGCGACUCGCUAAAGCUCAACUUGGACGACCGGAACCGGACAUCCACUCCGAGUGCUCUCCCCCCUCUCCUUCGCGAUCUCGCUAAAACUAAACUUGGCCGAGCCAUCCUCGCCAGUUCCCCGCUGAAGUUGGCGCUGGGAGUAGCCGGGUGGCUCUUCCUGGCGCUCUGCUUCUACCGCUGCUGCUGCCGGCGGCGCGAGCCGCCUCACAAGCGGCUCGUGGAGCCCGACGAGGAGGAGGCGCGGGCCGGCAUGCCAAGUCCGCGGCCGAAGCGCCGCUCCAAUGCCCUUCACCGGCCGUGCUUGAACGAAGCGGAGCAGGAGCUGGGGGAGCUGAAGCUUAGGAUGAAGGAGGUGGCGUCCAGGUGGCGUCGGUCGGAUGUUGUUUUGUUCGGUCGGUGA